AUGCUGAAGGAAUGUCAUCUUCAGAUCCUCCAGUGGAAUGCUGGAGGAAUGUCUCCGGACCAAAAGAUCCAAAUACAGAAAAUCCUGCAAACCUAUGAUGUAGCCAUUUUCACAAUUAUGGAAGCUAACAUUUCGGAUGCCAAAACUGAAGUACUACCAAUUCCCAGGUUACACCCUGUACCCGUAGCCAUUUUCACAAUUAUGGAAGCUAACAUUUCGGAUGCCACACUGAAGUACUACCAAUUCCCAGGCAUUGUCGGACUGAUGUAG